AUGAUGGGAGCAUUGAAUGCUGUUGAUCUAUGGCCCAAGGUAGAUGUCACCCCACUUAUGCCACCAGUGUUCCAAAAGCUUCCAGGAAGACCCAAGAAGUAUGCUAGAAGGAAAGAAGCAGAUGAAAACUGUUCCCAAAAGUCUUCUCACACACAGACAAAGGCAUGUGGAAUUAGGUUGAGAAAGAAAGAAGCUAUCAUGAAAUGCAGUGGGUGUGGAGGUGGUAAUCACAAUAUUAGAGGUUGCCCAAGUGCUAAAGAUAAAAGGGAAAGGGAAAUCCCAGCUGCACACGAGAUUAAUGCCCCCAGUGGACAGGUCAAGAAAAGACCAUUCAAUGGAGAUGGAAAGGGGAAAAAACUUGUAGCAAAAAGGAGCUCCAAGACAAAUAUGGAAAGCAAUCAAGCAACAAGUUCUUAG